CAGAGAAAAACAAAGGAAAGAUGCUUCCAAAACACAUCGACCCACGAAUAAGUUCCUUCCGUACAAAACAAACUCGCGGUGUCGCGGGGCCUAGUCCCAAGUCUCGUGUAUGCGGGGAUGGACCACUGGACCACCGCCUCACCACUUCUUUCCUGCAAUGCACACCUGGCAAAUCUGAAAAUGCACCUCCUCUUGCCCAAAUCUUCUGUGGCACUCGGUCAGACUGAAAGAUCUCGAUAUGGCCCCUCAACACUCUUCCCCAGUCCGUGCCGACAAUAAUAUUCCGGGUCUGGUGGGACUGUCCCGCGAUCCACAGACCUGCCGUUUGCAACGCUCGUCCCUGAUAAGGCGGGCGAUCAUUUCAAUGGACUCCGGCCUGCAGCACCUUCAGAUCAACUGAUCGAGACACACAAGGACUAUCCUAGCCCUUGGCAGAUUCCCUUACGUAUUGGUGGGUGCAGUCGACAAUUACAGACAAUUAUCAGACCCGCCCGUUAUAAAGUUAUUGGCUCUAGGCGUUCGCCGCCUGUCAACAUCACGGAAGUCGGGCAGACUCGGACUCACCCCACAGAGUACCCGGCUCUCAGCAUAGUCCUGAGACAUUCGAUCGGCGAUUCGCACCCGACCCUGCAAGGACACUUGUUAAAACCUGCAUCAUACCCUCCUCCCAGCGACCGAUACAGGAAAACGCAAGUGUCGCAUCGCCGCCGCCGCUACCACCACCAUGAACUGCCCCUCGCGGACCGACGAUACCCUCGACAACCCCGGCUGGAAUCAGAACCCACCUCCCUUCAACCCAGAUACUACGACCCGCAACGACUUCAAUGGCCUUGCGAACGCGCGAGUUCAUCGCAAACAUGCCGCAGGGACAGGGGGCGCCGCCGGCGACGAUACCAUGGCGAUCGACCCGCGACCGCAGAGUUUGGAAUUCCCGGACCCUACAAUAGAGAAGCGGCCGGGCGGCGAAGUGACCGUCGCGGCCUCGAGGUGUGAACCACACUCGAGGACCUGCGGAUCACCUCGCCGUCCUUUCUCUAAUUUUUCUUUCUCUGCCUCUACGCAGCACUGUGUCCGCAGUUUGGUCAAAUUCGGCCGCUUCAUCGGCCCUGGAUUUCUCAUUGCGGUCGCCUAUAUCGACCCGGGAAACUAUGCCACGGAUGUCGGCGCCGGCGCGCAGUUCAAAUUUGCUCUACUGUUUAUCGUUCUCAUGUCUAACCUCUUUGCGGUCCUUUUACAAUCUCUGUGCAUCAAGCUGGGUUCGGUGACGGGCCUCAACUUGGCGGAGAAUUGUCGUGAACAUCUUCCCCGAUGGCUGGUCAUUAUCCUGUACAUUAUGGCCGAGGGGGCGAUCAUUGCCACUGAUAUUGCAGAGGUGGUUGGUUCUGCGAUUGCGCUGAACUUGCUUCUUCACAUCCCUCUCGUCGCAGGAUGUGCGAUCACUCUAGUGGAUGUCUUCUUCCUGUUGCUGUUCUGGCGGCCGAACGGGUCGAUGCUGGGCCUGCGCCUCUUUGAAUUCUUCGUGAUGGCUUUGGUCCUUGGCGUAGUGAUUUGCUUUUGCAUUCAGCUAUCGCUCAUCAAGAACCAAUCAGUGGGAGAAGUCUUCAGGGGCUACCUACCGUCAUCUGCUAUCGUGCAAUCAGAAGGUCUCUACCAAAGUUGUGGUAUUCUCGGUGCUACCGUCAUGCCUCACUCCCUCUUCCUGGGCAGUGGGGUGGUGCAGGCUCGACUAAAAGACUUUGAUGUCACUGCGGGAUACGUCGAGUCAACUGUGCCUCUUGGAAGCAAUGGCGGCCAGGUAGAGUACCGACCUACCCUUCACGCCAUUCGCGGUUGCAUGAAAUACUCCAUCAUUGAACUGGCAUUGUCUCUGUUCACUUUUGCAUUGUUCGUCAACAGUGCGAUCCUCAUCGUCGCGGGCGCGUCUCUCUAUGAUGUCCCUGGAGGAAGUGAUGCCGACCUGUUCGGCAUCCACGAUCUUCUUUCCUCAUCCGUCUCUCCGGCAGCCGGGUUAAUAUUCGCUUUAGCUCUCCUUCUUUCCGGCAUUUCGGCGGGCAUUGUCUGUACCAUGGCCGGCCAGAUGGUCAGUGAAGGCAUGCUGAACUGGAGCGUCCAGCCUUGGGUGCGAAGACUCAUCACCCGGUGCAUCAGCAUUAUUCCUAGUAUCAUUAUCGCGGCAGCUGUGGGCAAAGAAGGUCUUGACAAGACCCUAACGGCCAGCCAGGUCUGCCUCAGCGUUAUCCUGCCUUUUGUCUCUGCUCCGCUCAUUUGGUUCACGUGUUUUAGCAAAUACAUGACCGUCCCGACUGAGCAGACAGCUGAUGGCAGCGGUGAAGGCGAGGUUCAAGUGGCGCAAGUGUCCAUGCGCAACCACUGGUUUACCACGCUGAUUGCCGGGCUCGUGUGGCUCCUCAUUGCCGUGAUGAAUGUGGCCUUGCUAGUGUUGGUGGGUUUGGGCAAGGCGUAAGCUGAGAAGCAUGGCUAUCUGGCUAUCUAUCUUCAGCUUCCCAUUCAAAGGAGGAUUGCACGAGGGGGGUGUUCGAUCCUCAAUUCCCCUCUCACUAUUUCGUAUCGGUUUCUACAUCGCAUGUUCAUAUAGAUAGUCAGUAUACUUAGCGCUGCAUAUGAUAUUUCUUUAUGCAUGAGAUGAGAAAACCCCAAUCUCGUCUUGACUGAGACAGGAGACCUCGCAUAAAAGUUGAACAAUUAAAAAGGACAAAAAAGACAACUAGUAGCACAACUCCAGCAAAAAAAAGGAACCCCUAUUCCCCGCAAUAAGGGCCUUCACGAGGGGUGGAACACCAAUCGCAUUAGCCAAUUCCACCAGCAGCCUCCUUGACCUUCGCUUGUUCAGGUGGCUCAUCAAUAAACUGCGGCGGCGCAACCUCGUCCUGCAAGAAACUCGGCAUCGCAUCCGCCCCCAUCUCCGUUUCAAACAACGACUCUUCCCCCAAAGCCUCCAGCUCCGCAUCAAGAUCCGCCUCAUCCACUUCCUCUGGCAAAUCAUACGCCCGCGAGAUGCUCUCCUGAAUCUCAUUACCGACCUCCAUCAAAUCGGCCAUUUCAUCCUGCAUCUGCUCAAUCUUAUCGAUAUCGACCUUGCCAUACUGCUUCUUCAGUUCCUUGGUCGUGGUCUUCAUCGCAUCGACGGUUGUCAUCACGUUCUUGAGGUUAUCCUGCAUCAUGCCGGCUUGUUCCAUAUUCCAGGAUUGCUGGGAGAGUUGAUCGCGCUGGGCUUCGUAUUGUUUGCGGCGUUGGAGGACUUUGAGAGCCUUUUGGCGGAGAGCGUUUUUCCCAGGGCCGUCGCGCAUCUUGGAGAGUUUGGCUUGGUAGGUGGAGAGUUCGGAGUUGAGGGCGGUUAGUUUGACAUCGAUGCUGGAGAUGCGGUCGUCGACCUAGAUAGUGGGGUUAGCGAGCCCAGUCUGCGCGGGGGAGUCGCUGGGUAGUAUCCUUGGUGGAUUGGAGAAUCGUAUACCUUGGAGAUUGCACCGUCGAGAGUGGGCUUGGGAGCCGCACUCUUGGUGCCGAAGAGGCGAUUCAUGGUUGUUGUUUGUCGCCUUGGGGAGGGACGGGGCUAUCAGCGAGGGAGAGCCCCGUUCUGCUGCCUAGGCAGAUGGUCAGAGUGACCAGGGUCUCUAGGGAGUGUGACUAGAGGGAUAUCCCGAUGGCACAGGGUAAGCGAAGCGUUGUGUUCGUAUGGACGGAAGACCCCAUGCACUUGGUGGACAGGCACCGACAAUGCGAUGACAAUGCGGAGGGCCGACGUCAGUGGGCCCUUCGGGCCUUGGGGCCUGAGGAAGCAAUCACAAGAAAGCUAUAGACACGUGAUCCAAGG